AGUAAGUAUGUCACGUAAGGCAAACUGUCAGAAACAUAUGAUAAAGUUGUGUGUGUGUUGUAUAAAAACAAAACGCGUGCUCACCUAAAGUCGUAAUUUAAUUGGCAUAUUUUAAUUUCCUCUCCUGUAAGUGUAAUAUCUGAAGAAGUCGCCUCAAAAUGGGUAUGGUACAGAAGCGUAAGAAAAUGCACUCUGGGGAUACGCACUUGCGAAGACGUUGGCGUGUACGCAGCAGACGGCGUGAUCUAGAUCAGAUUGAUGACGACCUGCAAAAGAAAUCCGCAGAGCUCAUCAAUCAACAGGUGGAUCUUGAACAAACAGGUUUCGCACAAUUCUAUUGUGUACACUGUGCGAAGUAUUUUAUCGACGACCAUGCAAUGCAAGCACACUUUCGCACCAAAGUGCAUAAACGUCGCAUGAAAGCUUUGGAAUUAGAACCAUACACAGUUGAAGAAGCCGAACGUGCUGCUGGUCAAGGUAGUUACAAGGCGCCGAAAAAACGUGUAAUUAGAACACAGCCCACAAAGGAAGAGGUGAAAAAGGGUAAACGUAUACAGUUGGAAGAGAAAUUGGAGGAGGAUGAAGCGCCUAAAUCUAAGAGAAAAGUGGAAAAUAUGCAAACAUGAGUUUUGUGAGCAUUUAAAUUUUUAAAAAUAAUACAAUUUACUUUCA